AUGUCGUCGAAGCAUCACGUAUGUUAUGUCGAGGACGCAGAGGAGGAUUCUGGCAGCUCUCACGUUGAGGGUAUUGAGUCAACCCGUCGCUAUGCCGUCUCGGAGGCUCCUGUCAGCUCCUCCUACAAGGAGCGUCCCAACACUGGCAAAUCCCGCGGUGACAAGCGGUACUCCAACCGGAGAUCCGACUCGUCGCCAAGCGAUGGUUUAACCGACUCGGAGGAUUACCCUCGCCGAGAGGAACGCUCACGCCGAAACCCUGACCGUGAGGACCGCAACAAGGAACAACGUCGCAAGGAGCGGAAGCAGAAGGAAGCAGCCGUGCAACAGCAACGAAAAGUCCGCGCCGAUGCCAAACCAGCCAAGGAACGCGAGCCCAAGCCUGUCAGGAAGCAACGUCCCACAUCUCUUACUCAGUCCCGGACUGAGCCUGUCGUUCAGCAAUACCGUCGAGGCCAUGUCGAAGAUCCUUCGUGUUACGGCAUCCAGCAGCCUGCCGUCACAGGCCGCCCCCGCGCCCAGACCCGUCCCAACAGCUACUAUCCUGGCCAGGCCGGCACUCCUCCGAUUGCCCACGCCAGCUGGCAUCAUGCUCAGCACUCUCAGCCGUCCUUCCCUACAGGCUCUUUCCCACCACCGCCUGUCUAUCCCGGAGCACCGUCUCCUUCUGUAGUCGGCGUGCCACCCUCGCCUGGUUCUCAGCAUGGCGGCCCUGGGUUCUUCGAUAUGCCUUCGCAGGCUGCAAGUGCACAUCUCAGGGGUCGCUUUGAGCGACCUGCUUCAUCCAUUGGUUUCCGGCAGCCACCACCACCGUCUGCCUUUGGAUAUCCUCAGGAUGAGCCCGAAGAGGAGGCCGACCCUCGCCUCAUGAGACGUGCCUCUCGAUCCAAGAAGCAUCAGCAACAGCAAAAUGAGGAGGAUCGCAGGGCUAUGCCGCCCCCUGCUGCCAUCCCGCGGCCCAAGUCCGCAUUGCCGCCAACCACUCCGUUCCGACCACCUCCUCAGCAAAUGUUGUCUCGGUCGAAGCCCCGAACUCCCUCGCGGCCUCCGACUACCACUCGUAGCCGUGUUGGGUUUGCUGAUCAGCGAGGUUUCGAUGACGAGGAUCUUGCAAGCAACGCCGAUCUGUUCCAAGACAUGUCUCCUGAGCCCAACUACAACCAUCGCAGCCAAGCCUUGACCCGUACUCGACGUCCCUCUGUCGCCUACGAGCAGCCCGGUGUCGACAUCAUGCCUGCUCGGCGUCGCAGAGAGUCUUUCUAUGGACCCGGUCCUGACCGUGCCCUGGGCGGUGGAGGCGUGAGCCUUGAGGAGGACAAGUACAUGGACGCCUUGCGGUACCAGGACGACAUCAACGGUGGCCCAGCUAUGCCCCUGACUGCCGAGACCCUACGCAAGGCUAGCAACCCUCGCCUUACUGGUGGCAGCAGCCGUUCGACACGGAGCAGGAGCAGUGAUAGCCGUGACGAGAGCGAGUACAAGCGAAGCAACACGACUGGUCUCACUCGGUCUUCAUCCAGCGACACCGACAACCUCACCAUCAAAGUCUCAGGCUCAGCCGUCGUACGAGUGCCGGGUGCCGAGAUCCAGUGCGCUGACGGAGGCGAGAUUACCUUUACCAGCCGAAGUGGCGGUUCUCGUGUCGGUAGUGACCGGGCCAGCACCAUCUACCAGAUCGAGGACGUCAGGGCCCGGCCGGAACAGAAGGCUCUGCCUUACAGGGCUCGCGCUCCUAGUCAGUCAGACUCGCACCGCAACUACGCCCCGAGCCAUGCCCCCUACGACCCGACAUUUGCCCACGACGACUACAUUUACUGA